AUGGAAGUCUCGACAGUUGAACAGCUUAUGAAGGACAUCUUGGGUGGCAUGAAGAAGCUCGCAUCGAGUCAGAUUUUCAGAUCAGUCUUACAAAACGACAUGGAGACGCUCGAAGAGGCUCUUGAGGAAGCCAUCCGCUAUAUAUUGAAAGUGGAGCCAUCACUGCCUGAUUUGGAAUUCAAUAACGAUGAGCGAAUCUUUACGUCAGAACAAGAUGCUACUGGAGUUAUCCUGCAACAGAAUGGUGAGACGAUGGGUUUCGGUGAUCCAUAUUUUCCAAAUUUUGAGAGCCCCGAAAACGACACAUCGGUAAAUAUAACUGUACAAGAGGAUGGUGGAGCUUAUGAACUAAUCACCAAGGAUUCGUACCACGGUAUUACGCUGCUUUUGACGAAGGAGUAUCUACCAGGUUCAUACGAUGACGAUCGACUGGAAUGA